AUGGCCGGUAAAGAAGGAGCCCCCGACUCGACUCAAUCCAGAGGAACUCCUCGUCUCACCCCCAAACAGAAAGAUCCUCCCGUUUUCACCAGUGAUCCUUCUACCGACAAGGACAAGACCCCUGUGAUGUUCGAUCAGUGGUUCUUGAUCCUUCGAAAGAAGCUCGUGAGCAACACCGACCACUUCCCUUCUGAUGACGACAAGACCAUGUAUAUCCUUGCUCAUCUGUGCGGCACAGCGUCUUCUCGUUUGAUGCCUUUCAUCAAACCGGAUGACACUACCGGAGAGGCCGUCUUCAAGACUAGCAAGGAGGUUCUGGAUCAUCUUCACGAGCAGUACAAGGAUCUCAACGAACAAGACGUUGCUAAGGAAAAGUUCAACAAACUGGAGAUAACAACUGGUAUGGAGUUCAAAGACUUUCAACUGGAGUUCGUCAGACUGGCCGGAAUGGCCAAGAAGGACAAGUCAACCUGGAAGGAAGAGAUGUUCAAACGCCUCCCAGGCCGCCUUAAUACCAUCUGCCUGGACAAGUACCACGACAAGACGGUCAACUACAACUACCUUUGCACGUACGUCCAGCGACACGACUAUCAACAACGCAAGAACUUUGUGGUCUCCCAAAUGCGAAAGAACGAUGCCCCUCAAGGUCAACAGAACACCAACCCCCCAAAGAACAACGGUGGUGGUGGAGGAGGCAGCCCGUACCCCCCUCGCAAUCAGAACCAGAGUCCGAACCCUGCUGGAAGUCAAUCUCGUCCUGCCUCUUGA